CGUCUGGGCUGUGACAACAUGCUGGAGUCUCCUCAGCAGGAGGACCCCUGCCUGCAGUGUGGGGGGAACGGACAGUCCUGCUACCAGGUCAAGAACAGCUUCUCUGUCCGCGACCUGCCAACUGGCUACAACCAGAUGUUCAUCAUCCCUGUUGGAGCCACAACCAUCAGCAUCAGAGAAACAGUCGCCACACGCAACUACCUGGCUAUCAAGAACCUGCGGGGUGAGUACUACCUCAAUGGCCACUGGGUAAUUGAGUUCUCCAGGGCGGCACCCAUUGCUGGAACAAUGCUGUACUACCAGCGAGGAGCCGAGGGUGACAACGUCCCCGAGACCAUCAUUGGCCGCGGCCCCACCACCGAACCCCUGGUCGUUGAGCUGAUCAGCCAGGAGCCAAACCAAGGAGUAGAUUAUGAGUAUUAUCUUCCUAACGGACGCUCCAGAGAGGGAUACUACUGGAGUUUUGGAUCCUGGUCUACCUGCAGCAAAGAGUGUGGAUCAGGCUACCAGUCUCGUCUGGUCUUCUGCACCAUCGAUAACGAGUCCUACCACGACUAUCUCUGCGCAUCUCUGCCGAGGCCUCAGACCAACCGCACAUGCAACCCCCAGGCGUGCCCUCAGACUCGCAG